GCGAGGCCCUGCGAGGUUCCGUGCCCCUUGUCGGGCUGCUUGUUUGGCUGCUGCCGUCACCUCAUGGCGACGCGGGUAGAGGAGGCUUCGCGGGGAAGAGGCGGCGGCGCCGAGGAGGCAGUUGAGGCCGGACGGGGCGGACGGCGACGCAGCCCGCGGCAGAAGUUUGUGAUUGGCACAAUGGAAGAAGCUGGAAUGUGCGGGCUAGGGGUGAAAACGGAUAUGUUGCAUAACUCUCAGUCCAAUGAUAUUCUUCAGCAUCAAGGCUCACACUGUGGUGGCACAAGUAACAAGCAUUCCUUGGAAGAGGAUGCACAUAGUGACUUUAUCACGAAGGGCAGGAGUUUGGUGAGCCCAGAGUACUGCACACGAGAGUCAAGGGAGGAAAUUCCUGGGCGAGAGGCUCGAACAGAUCCCCCUGAUGGUCAGCAAGAUUCAGAGUGCGACAGGAACAAAGACAAAACCUUAGGAAAAGAAGUCUUAUUAUUGAUGCAAGCCCUAAACACCCUUUCAACUCCAGAAGAAAAGCUGGCAGCUCUCUGUAAGAAAUAUGCCGAUCUUCUGGAGGAGAGCAGGAACGUUCAGAAGCAAAUGAAGAUUCUGCAGAAGAAGCAAGCCCAGAUCGUGAAAGAGAAAGUUCAUUUGCAGAGUGAACACAGCAAGGCUAUCUUGGCAAGAAGCAAACUCGAGUCUCUUUGCAGGGAACUUCAGCGUCACAAUAAGACGUUAAAGGAAGAAAAUAUGCAGCAGGCACGAGAGGAGGAAGAAAGACGGAAAGAGGCCACUGCGCACUUCCAAAUCACUUUGAAUGAAAUCCAGGCACAGCUGGAGCAACACGACAUACACAACGCCAAGCUCCGCCAGGAGAACGUCGAGCUUGGCGAAAAGCUGAAGAAGCUCAUCGAGCAGUACGCGCUGAGAGAGGAGCACAUUGAUAAAGUAUUCAAACAUAAGGAACUGCAGCAACAGCUUGUGGAUGCCAAACUGCAGCAGACAACACAGCUGAUAAAAGAAGCUGAUGAGAAACAUCAGAGAGAGAGAGAGUUUUUAUUAAAAGAAGCAACGGAAUCAAGACACAAAUAUGAACAAAUGAAACAACAAGAAGUACAACUAAAACAGCAGCUUUCUCUUUAUAUGGAUAAGUUUGAAGAAUUCCAGACUACCAUGGCAAAAAGUAAUGAACUGUUUACAACCUUCCGGCAGGAAAUGGAAAAGAUGACAAAGAAAAUUAAAAAACUGGAAAAAGAAACGAUAAUAUGGCGGACCAAAUGGGAAAACAAUAACAAAGCACUUCUGCAAAUGGCUGAAGAGAAAACUGUGCGAGAUAAAGAGUACAAGGCCUUUCACAUAAAACUGGAACGGCUGGAGAAGCUGUGCCGGGCCCUGCAGACGGAGAGGAACGAGCUCAGUGAGAAGGUGGAGGUGCUGAAGGAGCAGGUCUCGGGGAGGGCGGCAGGCGGGGGCCCAGCACUGCCCGGGGCCCAGCCCUGCGCUGCCCUGGCUUCUGCCGAGGAGCCCAGCGCCGCCUGGCAGAGCACUGUCCGUGUCAGCCCGGAGGCCGAGUCCCCAGGUGCCGGGCCCAGCAUCGAGUCAGUUGACUGAGAUCAAGUAUGAUCACUGUAUCGAGAGCUCUAUUUUGUGUAUAACUUUCUCUGCUAGUAGUAACUUGGUUUUGUGGUGAAAAUUUUCUUACUUUUUCUACCAUAUCUGUAUUUUCUUAGAACUACUGGACUUAUGUGGUACAGGAGGCUGCUUGGCAGGUUUGAAUAGUUUUACUCUCUACAUUUUCCUCAGCUGUGUUGCACAUCUGCCUCUUUCCCCUUCAUCGGAAUGCAUGUGCUCAUUGCCUUUCUCCCUCUCCCCUGCUGCUUGCACAGAAUCGUCCGAAUUAAAAUGUCACUCACCAGGGCUGACCAUUACAAGGGAACUUUGUUCUGAUAACGGUCCCCACCCGCCCCCGGCCCCGGCCCGCAGCUUGUGGGCUCUUCGUUCCCUGACGACGGAUUGAACCCAGGCCCCGGCAGUGAGAGCACCGAGUCCUAACCACUGGACCGCCAGGGAAGUCCCUGAUAAUGGUUCCUGAUGUGAAAACAAUACUCGUUUAAACAUCCUGCCCCCCCCCCAUUAAUAUUACUCAAAGAAAAAUAUCAAGAUGAUUAGAUAUUUGUCUAAUAGCUCAUUUUAAAUGCCAAGUAAAAAUAAAACUCUAGGCUUGGGUCAGAAACAAGCAUAGCGGGGCUUCCCUGGUGGCGCAGUGGUUGCGCGUCCGCCUGCCGAUGCAGGGGACGCGGGUUCGUGCCCCGGUCCGGGAGGAUCCCACGUGCCGCGGGGCGGCUGGGCCCGCGAGCCAUGGCCGCUGAGCCUGCGCGUCCGGAACCUGUGCUCCGCAACGGGAGAGACACAACAGUGAGAGGCCCGCGUAUCGCAAAAAAAAAAAAAAAGAAAAGAAAAAAGCAUAGCAUAUUUGAUUCAAAUUAGCUUUUUGAUAUUUAUAUCACUUGACAAAUUUGAGGUGGCCGCAAGCCUAGACUUGGUUUUGGCAGAAUAUGUACAUAAAGGUGUAACGUUUAAAGAAAGUAGUAUAUACAGGCAAAUCAUUGGAGAGACAGGGCAAAUGUUUAUGUGAUUAAAC